UCCAUACAAAUACUUUGAAAGUCGUUGGCAUGUAAGAAACAUGGAAGUUUAUUUAAAGCUACCUGCCACUGACUCAUAUUCGUGCAGCCACCCUUUACUAUGGGAAUUUCUUUGCAUUCUCAGUGUUUCUUCUGCUUCCUCUGCAUACUAUCAAUAUUUUGCAUAACUAAUUGUUUAAGUCAAAAUGCUUACAGCCAAUGCCUGCAAGAUCAGAGAACUUCGUUGCUUGAACUGAAGAAGGAUCUUAUAUUCAAUAGUUCUGUAUCAACAAAACUGGUGCGGUGGAAUCAGACUCAAGAUUGUUGCAAUUGGGAUGGUGUGGAAUGUGAUGGUGCGGGGCAUGUGAUCAGUUUGCAGCUCGAUAGUGAGGGAAUUUCGGGUUGGAUUCAUAACAUGUCAAGUCUUUCCACCCUUCGAUACCUGGAGAAGCUAAGCUUGGUUGACAAUGACUUCCUAGGUCAGAUUAUUCCAGGUGGGAUUCUCAACCUCAAACAUUUGACGUAUUUGGAUUUAGCAUAUGCUGGUUUUGGUGGACAGGUUCCAAUUUGAAGUUUCACUAAUGAGGAGAUUGGUCACUCUCCACCUCUCAGACGAUCUAAAAAUUGAGAAUCCGAAUUUGAAGAUGCUUCUUCAGAAUCUAACCGAACUAAGAGAGCUUUCUCUCAAUGGCGUGCAUAUGUCGUCAACAGAUCUUAAUUUCUUUGCUAACUUCUCACAUCUAACUAACUUAUUUCUCAAUCGGUGUGGUUUAAAAGGUUCAUUCCCUGAUAUGAUCUUCCAAGUGCCUACCCUACAGAAGCUUGAUUUGUCGGAUAACUUUUUCAACGGUUCAAUCCCACCAUUUUACAUGUCCAAGAAUCUUCAAUUUGUAUAUUUGGAUGGUAAUUUACUUACUGGGCAAAUUCCCGAGUCUUUCUUCACACAAGAAAGGCUUUGCCGUCUCGUCCUUUCUGACAACCUUUUUAGUGGUACGGUUAAGCUAGAAAGGUUUCUUAGGCUACAAAAACUAACAACACUGGACCUUUCUUAUAACAAUUUGUCUGUUGAUACAAGCAUCACUAAUAAAAGUUUGUCAACGUUUCCCCAGUUAUCGGUUUUAGCUCUAGCAUCUUGCAACUUAUAUAAUUUUCCUGAUCUUACAAACCAACACAGACUGGAGUUGUUGGACCUCUCAAACAACCAGAUAACUGGGGAAGUACCUAAUUGGAUUUGGGAAAUUGGAAAUGAAGCAUUUUACAUUUUAGAACUUUCUGCGAAUCAGUUGGUUGGUCUGCAGAAGCCAUACCACAUUCCUAGUUCACUUUUUUAUCUGAACUUACAGUCAAACGUACUCCAAGGUGAGUUGCCCCCUCUUGCACCUAACACUGGAAACUCCACUUCCAAUCUUGUUUACUUGUCUCUUGCAAACAAUAGCCUAAGUGAAGCUAUUCCGACAUCCUUUUGCCAUGCUCCUCUACUUCAAUUUCUUGACUUGUCUGCCAAUAAAUUGAGCGGGAGCAUACCGCCUUGUUUGGUGGAAAAAGUUGAGCAACAUGCUUGGUUGAAUCUUGGGGGGAACAACAUCAGUGGCCAUAUCACUCGAAACUCCACUACCAAUCUUGUUUACUUGUCUCUUGCAAACAAUAGCCUAAGUGAAGCUAUUCCGACAUCCUUUUGCAAUGCUCCUCUACUUGAAGUUCUUGACUUGUCUGCCAAUAUAUUGAGCGGGAGCAUACCACCUUGUUUGGUGGAAAAAGUUGAGCAACUUGUUGUGUUGAAUCUUGGGGGAAACAACAUCAGUGGCCAUAUUUCGGAUACAUUUUCUGUCAAUUGUAGUCUAGAAAUUUUGGAUAUGAUUCAGAACUAUUUAGAAGGGACCCUCCCAGCGUCCCUGGCCAAUUGCAAAUCUUUACAGGUCUUGAAUGUCGGAAACAACAACAUUGGCGAUGGUUUCCCAUGCAUGUUGUCAUCUAGCUUGCGUGUCCUUGGGUUGCGUUCCAAUAGAUUUCAUGGACAAGUGAGAUGUGGCAGAAGCUGGACAAAUCUCCAAAUUAUUGAUAUAGCUUCUAAUAAUUUCACUGGUUAUCUGUACGCAAAGAGCUUCUUGGGAAUGAUGCUAGAAAAGGAUGCACGCCUCAAUAGCGACCACAUUCACUAUAGUGGAGCAAAUUAUUUUGGUGAUUAUUACCGGGCAACAGUGAAAGUAAUCCUCAAAGGGGUAGAACUGAAGUUUGAGAAGAUCUUGACAAUCUUUAAGACCAUUGAUUUCUCUUGCAAUAAUUUCCUAGGGGAGAUACCAGAUUCAAUCGGUGAUCUAAGCUCUCUUCGUGGUCUCAACUUAUCCCACAAUAAUUUUAUAGGAACAAUUCCAAAAUUAUUGGGUAAAUUGACGGAUAUUGAAUCAGUCGACCUCUCAACAAACCAGCUAACAGGGGAAAUCCCAAAAGAGCUUACACGCCUCACAUCCCUUGCAGUCUUGAAUCUAUCCAACAAUCAGUUGAUCGGGCCAAUCCCAAGCGGCCCUCAGUUUCAAACAUUUCCAGCAAAUUCCUUCCAAGGAAACGCAGGGCUAUGCGGUUUCCCUCUCAACAUAAGUUGCAGGCACGCAGGCGAAACUGACAACGUGCCACCACCUAAUCCAUAUCAAAAGGACGAGGGCAUCAAUUGGGAUUAUGUAUCUGUUGCACUUGGGUAUGUUGUUGGCUUAGGAAGCAUUCUCUGGCUGCUUUUCUUUUGUCGAAGCUUCAGAUACAAGUUCAAUGAUUGGACUAAACAAGUUUUUGAAAAGAUAUUUAGCCACAAAAAUAGGAGAAAAAGACAUGAAGGAAGAGUAAGAAGAAGACGCAACUGCUGAUGAUGCAAAUGCUGUUUGUUUUUUGUCACAAAAGCAUGAAAAAUAACCAAAGAGAUUAUCCUGAAAAUAUUUUCUAAGAUUUAUCAAGUUGAUUUUUAAUGCAAUAACUCUUGUUACAUGUACUGUUUAACAUAAUGUCGGAUGCAUGCAAAGGAC